GACCUGGUCCAUCUGUACAAAGCCGGGAGGGAGAUGCAGGGGCCAGACUACAGGGGCAGAGUGAGGCUGCUGAAGAUGAGGAAGGGGGACGUGUCCCUGCUGCUUGAAAGGGUCACGACCUCGGAUAAAGGCAUCUACACUUGCCACGUCAGCUCUGGGGACUGGUACGAUGAGCUCUCCAUGCAGCUACUUGUAACAAGCACAUUUAAGCUCAUUGUGCCGUCAGAGCCUGUGGCGGCCAGUGUGGCCAGCGACGUUGUCCUCCCCUGUCAGCUGUCCCCUGAAAUGAGUGCCGCAGCCAUGGACGUGAGGUGGUACAGAGAGAACUUUGAGAACCUGGUCUUCCUCUACAAGGAGGGGAAGGAGACAGAGGGGUCAGGCUACAGGGGCAGAGUGAGGCUGUUCAAACAGGAGAUGGAGAGAGGAAACGUGUCCCUGCUGCUCCAGAACGUCAGGAUCUCAGAUCAAGGCUCCUACACGUGUCACGUCAGCAGUGCGGAAUGGUACGAGGAGCCCAAGUUGGGGUUACGUGUUAGACGCCAGGGCAACAGGCCCGAGAUAGAAAUUGGAGAAAUAAAGAAAGACUCUCUGAAGCUGACUUGUCACUCCGAGGGCUGGUUUCCCGAACCCCAGAUGUUCUGGACAGACAAGGGUGGGAGAAAACUCUCUUCGGAUGUGAAGCCAGCCAGUCAGCCCGGCAAGGACAGUCCUUACUCCAUCACCAGUCACUUGUACAUGAAAAAGACCGACAACGAGGGUGUGGUCUGCAUGGUGGCCCAGCAGGAGCAGAAGAUAGAAUUUGGGUCACGACUCAGAAUCAGCGACACGUUCUUUGAAAAUAUCCAUCCAGAGAGAUACCAUCUUUCUGCUUUUCUAUUACCGGCUACGCUGGUCCUGGUGUGCUUGGUGGCUGUUGGGAUCUUUGUUAAAAGAAACAAAGAAGGAGUUCAAGGCUGCCGACUGCCGUCUAGUGGUUGGAGAUAACUGUGUCUCACGGCGUGACACUGAGGCACACAAACACACCUCUUACAAACGCUUCUGCCCGUCAGCUUACAUUGUAUAUACUGGAAAAUCCAUAGCGUGGUUUACUGGAGAUAAAGGAGAGUGCAUGACGAUCUGUAAUCGAGGUCUUUAUUUGUGAGUGUUGGACCAAGAACUCCUUUCCGUUGAAUUGGUGUUUCCCCUGAUUCACGAUUUGUUAAAGAAGUGUGUAAAAGUAUAAAGGUGUUUUCUACAAACAUUCUGUGGUCUGGUUAAAGAGGAUCUGAACUGAAACCAUGGGCGAUAAGCUCAUUAACAAGGUGAUAACAAGGCAAACUCCUCUACUGUACAACACAUUCCUACCCCCACCCUAAAACUGUACAGAAUUCAGCAUGGAGAUUCCAUAAGCUGACUUAGUCAAGAAGUAAACAUGAGGCUCCUACAUCUUAGAAUCCAGGACUAGUAUGUCCACAAUCACUGGUUUUCUUCCAUUAAACUGUACAAAAGCCCCUCAGCAAAUCAUGCUGAAAAAUGCAGAAAUAAUGGAUCUACAGAAGUAGAAGAGGCAUUUGCUCAGGUUACAGACCCCAGGAUUAGUCAGCAGUAGUUCUUACUCUGGGAUAAGAUAGAGGUGAUUCAUUCCAUUCAAGGUGGUUGUUAAUUGAUUGGAUGAGAAAUCACUGUGGCAAACCCUGGUUUCUGUCCUGUCCACCAGGGUAACAGGUGGUGAGGUCUGUAAAUCUUCACCCCCACAACAAUCAUAACCCCCUGCCUAACUGAGAAUCAUAGCCUUGUAUCGUAUCUGUGCUGCUGUAGGCGUUACGUUCUACAUCCCUCCUCUAGAGGGCGCUCCUACCCCCUUUCGGUUAUGAUUAAUUUCUAUUAUUUCCUGAUGCAAAUCGUUUGCUUUUUGGUUCAAAGCCUAGCGUCUCUGCAGUUCCGGGCUCAGUAGUGGAAGAUGGACGCCACAAGGCUGGCCUAUUUCCCGGGUUCUCCGAAGGCAGGCUUUUUCCGCGGCGUCCUGACCUCCUGGGUCUGGGAUCCAGAGUGCCUGGUUCCGUUAUGUUUUUAGUUCUUGUUCCUGUGCCGGUUCCGACCCGGUUCCCCCUUUUAACUGUUUGUCUUGGAUGGAUCUCCCGGCUCUUGGAUUAUGGACUGCGCCCCGACUUCCCUUUUGAACUUCCUUGGACUUGGUUGCUAUCUCAUGUCCCCCGUGCACCUGCUCACUACAGCCACCGCCCCCUGUCUUGUCAACCCAUCCUAACCCCGUUCUGCCUUCCUCCAUUGUCUUUUACGGAUUAUACCGUCCACAUAGGGUCUUUAAUAACACACUCCACGGGAGUCAAAACCGGCUUUCGUGACAGUAGGCACUGUCUCUUUGCUUGACACAACUUCCACCAUAUCAGGAGGGCACAGUCUAAAUCAGCCCGAUUUGAGAGACCCUAAAUUAAAAUUCCAACUGUAAGGAAGUGGCGAACCUGCAGCAGGAAAGAGUUUUGAUGAACAAGCAGGAGAAGACGAGGAACCUGCCUCAAUGCCUGAAGCACCGAUGGAAACACACCGCUUGUGACUUCACAUGAGAGAACAAAACCACCGCUGAACAGGGCACAGCGACUGGACAGUGGACUGACACUAAAACCCCAGUCAAACAGGACAAGUGUGCAGUAACUGUCAAAAAUCAGGCCAAGACAAUAUACACGUAUUUUGGGGGGUGUUUUGGGUGGGGAGGAGUUUUGUUUUUCAGUAUGCUUCGCCUUCUGAUGGAACGGGAAUGGUUACAAACAUCCCAGAAAUAAACUCCACUGGAAUAUGA